GCGCUAUUUUCAUUUUCUAGGUCAUUGGGGUAUGAGUGUUGGUAUACCAAAACUUUCAGAAACUCCUAAAGUUAAUGAUUUAUGUGACUUUUGUCCCACGCUUAAUCUAUAUCUAAAGCCUAUUGCACGGGUUUCUAUAACUGUGCAGAUCCCUUUGCUUCACGAUACAUCCGGUCAGUUAAAAUCUUUUACGACAUGGGAAAUCAUCGAGAAAAUUCGACAACUUUGCCCUGGAAUACUCUCUCCCUCUACUGUUAUGAAAGUAGUUCACACUACUUUAGAAUUCGUCAGAUUUUCAGUUGAUCUGGAAUGCAAAUCAGACGUCAGGCGAGUUGUGACAAGUUUGGAAAGUCAGUUCAUCAAGUUAAGCGGGUUCCCCCAGAAUCUUCGUGUUCGUGCAAGCGAAGCUCCAUAUGACUGUCCAAGACGUCAUGAUUGGGAGGCAUUUUUCCGUGAUGCUCAAAAUAUGGAUGAAACAAAAUCUGGUGAGAGACCUGAUACUCUUGUACUCACUGGUCUUCCUGUCAGAUGGUUUUCCAGUGCGUCACAUAAUAGACCACGCUUUAGUGCUAACAGUGAUGAUACUAUUAAUAGUUAUUUAUCCCUUCUCGUGGAUGAAGAGAAGCCCAAUCCUUCGAUUCUUAAAGAAGCAUUCGAAGUAUUCGGUAAAAUCCGAGAGAUUGAUAUUCCUAUGCUAGAUCCUGCUCAAAAUCCGGAUUGUCUAGAAGAUUAUAUAAAUAACAAUAAUAGUGUCAAUGUCUCUUCUUCUUCGACUAUUAUAUCCAAAACUAAUAAUAAUAAUAAUACAGCUAAAAAUAAACCCAAUGAAUCACCAUUCUGUAAUGAAUCAAAAAGCACAGAAGAAUAUGUUGGAGGAUUUGGAAAAAUCUGUCCUGAUACAAUUGGUCUAUUAAAUCCAGCUUUACAGAAUAAUAAUAAUAAUACAACAGUCAAUUCCUGUGGAGUUAAUUCUGAACUGUUAAUAAAAGCGAAAAAAUCGAAUGGAUUGAUAAAUUCUACUACUAUUACUACUACUAGUUCUGCUACUAGUAGUAGUCCACUUACUUUUAUCGCUUAUGUACAAUAUAUGGAUUAUACAGGAUUUAGUCGUGCUAUGGAUAUGCUACGAGGUCAAAAACUUGUUUAUGCUCCAACGUAUAAAAAUCAAUCAUUAUCGUCAUCAUCAUCAGCAGCAGUAUCAUCUGAUCGAAGUGAUAAAUUAUAUUAUGCAGCUGAAAUCAAGAUUGAUUUCGAUCGAACUAAACACCUAUCACCAAAUUCAAUUCAAGCAAGACAUAUGAAACGAAAACAAUUGUUCAUCAUUGCUGAACGUAGACGUGCCGAGGCAAGAAGUCUAGCUGAAGCAGAACAAGAACGUUUACGUCUUUUAGAAGAUUCAGAGCGUAAAGCUGCAGAACGACGUCAAGCGGAAGCACUGGCUGCUGAAGCGGAACGUGCAGCUAAACGUGCUGCACGGGAAGAAAGUAAACGACAAAUUGCAAUAGGUCGGUGUAAACGAAUUAAAGAAGAUUUAUUGAAGAAGAAAAUAUCUCUUGAAGAAUAUCGUCGAAUUGUAGCUAUUCGUAAAGUGGAAGGUAUACGAUUGAUGACAUUUUUGUUAGCUAAAAUACAAGCUCGUCAUGAUUUAAUCGUGGCUACAAGACGUGUUGCUCGUUUAUCUAAAGUAGAAAAAGCUGCUGUCGAAGCUGAAGUCAGUGUCAAUAUCGCCUUAAGUCAAGCAUCUCAAACUUUUACAGCUAAUACUAAAUCCAACGAUGGUGAUGAUGAUGGCGACUAUGAAAUGAAAAGUGGUGAAAAAGAAGAUUCAGAUAAAAAGUGUUCACAAUCUGGUCUACCAUCAGUCUAUUCAUCAUCAUCAUCAUCUCCUGAAUCAUCUGAGGAACAAGAGACACGAUUUCAACAAUUAUUGGCUAAACGUGAAGAAUUUCUACGGAAUAAUUUAUUACGCAAACGUGCUGAGGUAUUACGCUCACAAAUUUAUAAACGAUCCAUCCUGUCUAAUUCCAAUCAUCGUAAUCAUAAUAGCCAUACUCCUCAUUCUUUAUCAUUGAAUCGAAAAACUGUACAUGAUAAAACUCAAGAGAAAUAAGUAGAAAUCAACGACAAUAAUAAUAAACACAUUUCUUCGCAUAUAUACAUACAUAUAUUUAUAUUCUUUCUCAAGAAAAGGAGAAGAUAUUGUUAAAAACAACAGCAAUGUUAAUUUCUAUUCUGUACAGUUUAUAAAAUGCAAAGGAAUAAGGAGAGAGAGGGAAAGGUGAAAAAACGAACAAAUAAACAAUUUCACUUUAAUUGUUUGUCUUUUUUUGUAAUGAAUUCUUCAAGUGUAUUUUCUAAUAUGGUUUUCAUUAUUAUCAACAAUAACAAUUCUGUUCAUGCUGUAUUAAUAUGUGUGUAUGUAUAUGUGUGUGUACAUAUGUAUGU